GCUCUGAGGCGCCCACAAAUGUCGUCGUAUUUCGAAAAUUUGAGGGAAUUGAAAGCUGAUUGAUAGCGCCUGUUCUACUCUUCCCUCUGGUUCGUUUCCCGCUCGGUUUCCUUUCAUGGAGUCGAUUGCUGCAGCCAUAUCUAUGUCUGUAGAAGAAGAAGGGGAUUGGGAGCUCUUCAAUGACGAUGGCUUUGUCUACAAGCGGAAGAGGCGCCGGCUGGACCCGGCGGAAGCCGUUGCAGCUCGCUCGUCGGUGGCUCAGGCGGCGGACCUUGAGGCAGAGGAGAAUCGGCGCCGAGAGCGCAGGAGGAUGACGUUGUUGAAGGUUAGAGCCAAGUACCAGAGAGAGAUUGAACAGUGGGAGGUUUUGUCGAACAACUUGCGGGCAAUGGAGGAGAGGACUCGGAAGCUGCGGGAACAGUCCCGGCGGGAAGGGGAAGAAGGAAUGGCGUUGUUUCUGGAGGCUUCGUCGUUGAACUCGGUUCAGGAGAAGGAGCUGUCUUGCGCGUCAAUGGUGGAGGAUCUUCUCUCUCAGGUGGAAGGUCAGGAAGCCAUCAUUCGUAAUGUUUCAAAGCUUUGUGAUAUCGCUGAAGCAUUGUGCAAAACGGAAGCAGACCAAUUGAAACAGUGUCUAAUCGAUCUUCCAAUUUGGGCAUCACCUCGUGAACUCAUGGCCUCACUAUGUGAUGAAUAAAAAACUUGGGCAAUGAAGAGAAACAGAAGCUGGGGACCUUCCAUUUGUAAGCUCUUACUAUGUAAAAUCUAAUCUGUAGCAUACUUGUGGAGACCACAUUCUUUGUUACAAUAGAUGGUGAACCCUUAAGUUUGUGCCUCUCCCUCAUCAUGCUAUUCUACUUAGUUUAUUGUCGAUACUGAAAGAAACUUAAUGGUCGAAUGGUCAAAUUAUUAUAGAAUGUCGUGAAAAUAUCAACAUAGUAAUGAAUGUUCUAACUUUUGUGAGUUGUUAUACCC